AUGACGACAACAAGAUUCAUCUGUUUAAUGCUAGUAUCUGUUGUGGGAGCUACUGCAAGUGAAACUCAAGAAUUUGAAGGCAACAAGGAGGAAACAGAACAAGAAUUCAUUUACAUGAACAGAUACAAGCGUUCCAGUGAGACACAGGACAAGUGCACUUAUACCUUUAUUGUACCUCAGCAGAGAGUGACAGGUGCUAUUUGUGUAAACUCUAAGGAGCCUGAAGUUCUACUUGAAAACAGGGUAAACAAGCAAGAGUUACAGUUACUUAACAAUGAACUUCUUAAACAAAAGAGACAAAUCGAAACUCUCCAGCAACUGGUAGAGGUGGAUGGUGGGAUUGUUAAUGAGGUGAAACUCUUAAGGAAAGAGAGCAGGAACAUGAAUUCUCGUGUCACACAACUCUACAUGCAGUUACUACAUGAAAUCAUCCGAAAGCGUGACAAUGCCUUAGAACUUUCACAACUUGAGAAUAAGAUUUUGAACCAAACUGCAGAUAUGUUGCAGCUUGCAAACAAAUACAAAGACUUGGAGCACAAGUACCAACAUCUGAUGACGAUCGCCAAUAAUCAGUCGAUAAUAAUUGCCCAACUGGAAGAACACUGUCAAAGAAUGCCACCCAUAAAGCCACUGCCACAAACACCGCAGCCACCAAAUAAAGUGUACCAGCCUCCUACUUACAACCGCAUUAUUAACCAGAUAUCUACUAACGAGAUUCAGAGUGAUCAGAACCUAAAGGUUCUGCCACCUACCUUACCAACCAUGCCUGCAGUGACCAGCAUUCCAACUUCAACUGAUAAACCAUCUGGGCCCUGGAGAGACUGUCUACAAGCAUUAGAGGACGGCCACGAUACCAGUUCCAUCUAUCUUGUAAAACCAGAAAACACAAACCAGCUUAUGCAGGUCUGGUGUGAUCAACGGCAUGACCCUGGUGGCUGGACAGUCAUUCAGAGAAGGCUGGAUGGGUCUGUCAACUUUUUCAGGAACUGGGAAACAUACAAGCAAGGAUUUGGUAAUAUAGAUGGAGAGUAUUGGCUUGGAUUAGAAAAUAUUUAUUGGUUAACAAAUCAAGGCAACUACAAACUGCUCAUAACAAUGGAAGACUGGUCAGGUCGAAAAGUGUUUGCUGAGUAUGCCAGCUUCAGACUGGAACCAGAAAGUGAAUAUUACAAGUUGAGACUGGGACGCUACAAUGGCAAUGCAGGAGAUUCCUUCACUUGGCACAAUGGGAAACAGUUCACUACGCUGGACCGGGACCACGAUGUCUACACAGGUAACUGUGCUCAUUACCAGAAGGGAGGAUGGUGGUACAAUGCGUGUGCUCACUCUAAUCUCAAUGGAGUUUGGUAUCGCGGAGGCCACUACCGCAGUCGCUAUCAGGAUGGUGUUUACUGGGCUGAAUUCCGAGGGGGAUCAUAUUCACUAAAGAAAGUUGUUAUGAUGAUAAGACCUAACCCAAACACAUUCCACUGAAAUAUCUCCUCUCUUGGUUUCCUUUCUUGUUCUAAAAAAAACACAUAAAGCUAGGAUGUUAUUACCUGGAAUUAUCUUUUCGGAAAGGAAGAGUGUAAGAUAUUGUACAUUUGUUGCUAAGAUGUGAGGGCUUGUAUAUUGUAUAGUCAAGAAUCACUCCAGGGGAAAAAAAAGUUGAAGAAAAAAAGAAGGAACUGAAGUGACAACAUUCAGAACACUUCUUGGUACUAAAAGUAGUGAUAUUAAGCCUUUUUUAGAACUGGCAGUUUAGAUGGAUUGUAGAUAAACUUUCUGGUUUUUAUUCCCUGUAAAUUAAGUUUGGAUG